GCUCCGCUAAGCGCGCCGCUUUUUUUUCUCGCGGCGCGAUCGUCCUCGUCGGUGGACGACCCGCGGGAACAGGAGGAGGAGGAAGAAUCGUGCGGUAAAACUGAGCAGUGAAGUGCGUCGCGCGAGGGCUAGACUUCGACGGUCGACGCUACCAACCGCGAGAGCCUCGUGAGUAUAUUUAAAUAGUGUGUCUCUGGCUGGUCAGAGGAAGCCGACAGUUUCUUGGUCUUCGUCGUCGUCGUCGUAGUCUUCUUCUUCUUCUUCUUCUGCAUCUUCUUCUUCUCCUUCUUCUUCCUCUUCUUCUUAUUCUUAUUCUACCGCUCCUUCCUACCGUCGUGUGUCAUCAUCCUCGGCUUUUCCUCGUUCGGAGUGCAACGUGAUACGUGCGUCGAGGGACCGAGGCACCGCGGCACGGGGGUGGCGCGAAAUUCUUCCUGGAAUAUCGAGGAUUCGUUUUUUGGAAAUCGCCGAACCGAUCCGAUGAGAGUCCUCGACUCGAGAAGCUUCGAUCCGUCGUAUCCCUCCGAGAUCCAACGAAAUCCAGAAGAUCCUCUAUUUUGAAUAUAUAAGAAGACUGUAGCGUGGGAGCACGGUGUACAUAGGGCAAACGAGGAGACGUUAACCAUAAGUCACCCGGGCAGGAUGUUCCUCUGCAACGAUCGACAGGAUGAUGCCGAUUUUUGAACCGCGCGACCCGCAGCCGAUUGCAACCAGCUCGUUCGACCAGGUCGUUCGGCAUCGUCUAGGAUAAUCGCAAGUACGAUUCCGUACGACGGCGUUCCCGUUGCGUCCGCUGACCCACCAAGGAUGAUGAAGAGGACGGUAUCGCGUUGGGCGAAAAGCAGACAGCCGAGAAUCUGUCCGAUGGAAGUCCCGAUCGCUUGCUGCCGGUGGUACAACACCUCGUGAACAGCUUGUCAAAGGUCGUUUCGUAAUCGAACGACGUUUCUUCGCUAAAGGAUUCGUCCGCAGAGAGCGAUAAAGAGAGAGAGAGAAGCCGAGAAAGGAAGAGCCAGAGAUAGACAGAAAAAAGCCAGCAGGAAGACAGAGAUUCUCGCGGGAGAUUCAAGCGGAUUCCGCUCUCGAAUAGCAAAGAAGAAGAAGAAGAGUGCCCAGAGAGAGGCGUGUGUGCUUGUUCGGGGUGACCGAGGUGUCGACCUCACCCCCGAUCAAACCAGCAAGCAGGUCGGAUGAUGUGGGCGUCUCUGUUUUUGGCCGGGAUCUUAAGCGGCUGGUGGGGCGCACUGGCGCUCGCUGCGGCACCCCCCGCCAAUCGGAACUCCAUCGAGGAAACGUCGACGAGGACCACCAGCGAUCAUCCGCCAUCGAUGAGCAUCGCCACCGUUGAGAAACCCCUCGAUUACCGUUCGCCAGCUUGGAAUUUCGUCACGAGGACGGGGGACCAACCGAUCGCUCGUACCCCGUCCGAAUCACCGAAGGACGACGGUCCGCGAGUACGGCCGGAAGCGAAGCUGCUGUUGCCGACGUACGAGAGAUUCGGUUACUCCGGUAACCUGGACUCGGUCCUCGAGGGUGCCCAUCCGCCGGAGGAUGCGUCCGAAGAGAGCGCGAAACGUUUGGACGAGUCUAUACGCGAGGCAUUCGUUUCCUCGUCGAAGCAGGCGAAUCGCCGUCUCGAGGACGGGCCGCGUCCAAAGAUGGAGGAGUCCGGUCUGACACGACCGCCGCGUCACUCGUCGACGCAAACGCCGUUUCUUUACUCUCCGGGGACCGAGUCGUCCGUCGAGAGGCCACGACCCAUCAGAUCCACCAAGCAACGACCAAAGAACCGGGCGAAAGCGGACUCGCCCAGAGAGCAGCGACGGAGAUGCCGGAACAAGGGUUGCCGCGGACAGAACUGGUGCCCGGACGUGGACGUGGGCAACAGGGCGUACCUGGCGCCGACCGUGUUCGAGGGAAAGGCCAGGAGCAUGACGUCCGUGAGGAAACCGGGCUCGAACUACUCGGUGACGUUCGAGGUAAAGCAAGUAUACAAGAAUCAGCCCGGUUUCCUGCCGUUGAAGAAGAACGACAGCGUCAGGCUGCACUUUCGAGACAAAUCGGCGCCCGGCAAGUCGACCGUGUGCGGCUACGACACCGACGGGAAGCAGCAGCAGCAACGCGAUAAUCAGAGUGGUGUGGUGAGAGCCAAUAUUAAGAGGGGCAAAGUGUAUCUAGUGUUUGUGAAUCGCGUGGGACCCAGAAACUUCACGAUCCUCGGUGAGCCGGUGAUUCGAAGCAAGAAGAACGAACAGGCGGUGCAGGCUGUCGUUCGACCGGAUUACGUGAGAGAGGUGACGUUGUCCGAACUCAGGGACUCGAUAGCGAGGUUAAGGGAGAGGGUGAAGCUAGUAUGCAGAACGAGGGGUUCUCCACCCCCGAGGGUGCACUGGCUAAAAGACGGCAUACCGUUGCAUCCACGUAGAGGCCUCAGGAUUCAGCACAAACGACGAAGAUCGAAAGUGGUGAUAUCGUCCGCAAAGCCUGAGGACAGCGGAAGAUACGAGUGCGUGGCUGAGAGCACUUCCGGACACCGGGCCUCGCUCGCGGCCCAGCUUCUAGUCGGUCACGAUACCAGAAUUCCGGAAAUGACAACCCCACCGUGGGUGAGGCAGGAGCAACCGUGCCCGAUGACUGGCGACUUUUGCAUGAACGGUGGUACCUGCCUGUUUUUCGAGACCGUCGGUGAACCAGCAUGCAGAUGCGCAGAAGGUUUCACGGGUCUACGGUGCGAGACGAAGGAUGUCAUCAGCACCGGAAGUGUGUACAACCGGCGUAGGGCGCCAUUUUCCUGCAAGCUGGGACUCUCGACCUCGUACUACUGCUAGCGAUAAUCGCGCGGGGCCCUUCCAAACCGAAUACUCCAUUUUCAUUCGUUGAACUCGGUAUAUUCGGUCCACUUCGAUCAGAAAAGAGCCUCUCGAACUCGCGAGGAAUGUCGCGAGGGGGCCAACGCGCGACCAUAUCACGUAUCAGGAGGCGAGAAUAAGAUCCAUCGUGAUCUUUCGUUUACGACCGCUCCGCGGUCCAGCGAGUUUACGAGAAACUUUGAGCAGGGGAUAAAUAAAGCGAAUCUCGCGAGCGAAAAUAUUCGAGGAACCAUUGUUGUCGGGCAUUAGUCCUCCGUAUUCGUAGGGACAGGUUCCAAACGAAUGUUUGGUACCGGGCAUUCGUACCUUCUUCUUUCUUCUUCUAUUUCUUCCUGACGAGCUACUUAGACUUCUAUUUUCUUCGUUUAAUUCCUCCUAUUCUUCGACCGGCUAUCGCCUCUCUUGUCACAGUUACGUCACGUGCCUCGCGUUUCUGUUUUAAGGCCCGGUUCGUUACUUGAUAUUGUUCCAGACUUUUAAUUGUGAAAUUCCGAUUAAAGCAUUUCUUCAAGACGUUCAUAGUUUGAAUACUUCCGUCAUCGUACUGUCAUAUUACUGACGCUGUUAUUGCUAUUUUAUUUAUGCUAGCGUUAGACCUUUUGCCUAUUAAGCUAUUAUAAGUAUGAUCAAUAUUGUCAGCCCAGAAGUUUUAUCUUUUAUGCAUAUAUUCUAAUUAUUAAUUUUUGUGAUGCACCAAAAUUAUUGCUGAGCAAGAUUUUUAUUUAAUCAUCACUAACAAAGUUAUAACUUUGUUUGCCUUCUUAGAACAAGCAACAAAAAUUUCCAGACUAAACAAAAAGUGAUACGUGUCUCAAAUUUUGUCUCUUCAGGGAUCUUUAUGUUAGAAGAAGAAAUAGCAUGAUUUUUUACAUAAUUAUAUUUUAUUUAUUUUAACUCGAUGACAAUUAUAAUUGCCUAUUUUCUUAGAACAAGCAUCAUCAUUCAUAAAAAAAGUUUCUGCACUAAACACAAACUGAUACGUGUCUCAAAUUUAAUCUCUUCAGUGCUCUUUAUGUUAGAAGAAGAAAUAGUGUAAUCUUUUACGUAAUUGUAUUUAAUUUAUUUUAACUGGACGACAAUUGAACGAAAAGCACUGAUAAUGUACAACACAGAAAACCAUGUAGUUUAUUUAAUUUAAAUAACCAUUGGUUAUAAAGAAAGAAAGACACAUAGUCCGUGAAGAGUUUCACAAAAAUGAAGAAAUACAUUACCAAAAACUACAAAAGUAUACAUUUAAAAAUGGAAGUGUUCAAACAUUGAAUGUCAUCCGACAUAACUUUUGGGCAAUUUAAUAUCAUGACACAGUAACGUCCUGAGAGUUUUGACGAGGUCCAAGAUUAGAAAUCCUUUUUGAUUGGACAGGUUUUACAAGCGAAAGUCUUGAGCAGCAUCAACCGUCUCUGUAAGAAACUUUAUUCCCGAGACAACGAACGAGGAGAUACGCUCGAGCAUACGUUCUCGUAUCUUGAGAAACAAAAAAGAGGAGAAAGAUGAUAGUGGUGAAGUGUGUGCAAGGUGAAGAGUUAUGGGCUGAUUCUUUGCCGCUCCCGAACCCCUUCGAUUUCAUAUCGGGAGGGCAGAAAAGAGCGUUCGAGUGACGCUCGUGAUUCAAAAGUGGUGCUUGACCUCGAAUGAUCGCGAACAUAAAGAGAGAAAACUAGAGCAGGAAAACAAGAAAAGAAGCAGGCAGGAGAGCGUUCGAAGGUCGCACUUUUCGGAGUCUCCGUAGGAGAGCAAUACCAAAGAGCCUAGGGUCUCAGGAACGUCCUGAUUGUCGUCCAUUCAUCUUCCUUUAGGGCUGAAAAGGGUUGUCGUGUGCGAACAGGGUCGGUAAACAAAAUGUGCUCUGAUUUUUAAAUUUGCAAAAAAUUUUCGUAGCGUACUUCGCCGACGCUGUUCGCUUGUCGUCGAUCGUUGUCGGAAAAUACGGAGAAAAGCGGGGAAACAAUCGACGCGUCGAAUUCGAGACAUUCGGAUCGCUACGUGGCUGUUGAAAAUUCACUCGGUAUAUUUACGCGUCGGAGACAAUUCGAGAACGCCUCGUUCGGAUCGAUUAUGCGGCACCGCUCGAAUAAAUAUCGUAAUUCACUCGUCGCUCGGCGAAAUUAUCGUUCGUUUUCUUCUUCGUUUUCCCGGGAUUUUCCGGCGACGAUCGAUAAAAGGGGAACGGUAACCUCUUUACGAAUGUAAAAAUAACACGGUGAAGGGAAACGAGAAAAUUGGCUGCUCGAGUGGUGGACGAUGCAGAAAAAAAAGAGCAGAGGAGAAACAGAAAAGAGAGACCGCUAGGCAAACACGAUUUUAUGUAAAAUAUGAUAAUGUAAUACGCGUUAGACUAGCUAAAGCAGAGACUUAAGAUAGUUAAAGAGAGAGAGAGAAUGAGAGUAAGAAAGAGAGAGAGAAUGAACGAAUGAAAGGGAGAGCGAACAAAAAGUAUCGAGACGAUCAGGAAAAUGGUCGAGAAUUUUCCGAACGAGACGAUUGGACAAAAUUCUUGAAAUUUCUUCUUUUUUUUUAUCGUUUUUCGUUCGGACACCCACCGAAAGAAAGUGGAACGACGAUAUUUCGGGCGGAAUCGAUCUCUUCCGGAAUUCUCGACGUUACCGCUUCGCGAAAAGAGGGAAAUGAGAAAAAAUGAAAAAGAUCGGUGAAAACUGAAGGGAUGGGGCGUGUAGAAUGCGCGCUGUUGCUCCAGCAGU